AUGACCAUGGAGAUCCCCCCCAAAACGUCUAAGGACUCUAGUUCAAUGACGAAGACUGAGGAAAUCAGCUUCGUAGAGCUCGAAGCUGCAAACAUUGAAGAGCAAAAACAGCUCGACAAGAUCUACAGAAAGUUGGACAAAAGAAUCAUCCCGGCACUUUGGACUCUCUACUUCCUCACCUCGUUUGGAUCCAACACUUAUGGAGUCACCUUGACCAUGAACCGAGAAGAGGGCCACUCGUUAAUCCAGAAGUUGAACUUGUCUGCCUUGAACCUCUCUACAGCGAACGCUUUGGGGUACAUCGGAACGAUCUUGUUCGACUUGCCCAUGAAUUUAGUCAUGACCAAAGUCAGCCCUCAGACAUGGUUGGCCCGUAUUGCUAUCACGGUAGGUCUAAUCUAUGCCUGUUUUUGUGCCUUGAAGAACUAUCAAGGAUUGUACGCUGUUCAAUUCAUUGGAGGCGUCGUUGGAGCUGGAGUUUGGCCCGGAAUGUCUUACUACAUCACCUUGUGGUACCCCAACCACAGAAUGACUCAAAGAGUAGGGUACUACUUCACGGCUGCCCAGAUUUCGUGCGCUGUUGGUGGUUUAGUCAGUGCUGGUUUUCAGAAAAUGGAUGGUGUGAGAGGCUACACUGGUUGGCAAUGGCUUUAUCUCAUCUAUGGUUGUAUCACCAUGGUGGCCGGAUUUUCUUUGCUCUGGUGGCUUCCAGAUAGACCUUUCAAGAAACACAAAGAGGACGCAGGUAUUUUUAGAACUUUCUUGAGGAAGUACUUUACUCCCACGCAUCCACUUUCUACUCCAGAGAGGGAACUUCACUGCAAGGACAUGAUUGGCAGACAAAAAAAGUUGAAUUGGGGCUGGAAAGACAUUGUGCUCAUCAUCUCCGACUUCAGGCUUUGGCCAAUUGUGAUCAUGUACUUUGGCGUCGUAGGAACCGGUUUUGGUCUUGCUGUGUUUGGAUCCACCAUAAUCUCAGUGCAAAAUCCACAUCUUUCGGAUAUUGAUGUUUCGCUCUUGUACGCUCCUAUUUGGGUGUUUGACUUGUUUGGAAUUCUCACCAUCACUCCCUUUGCGGACCGGUUCAAAAAGUUCCGCUUUUUAUUCUUCAGUGGUGCUUGUGUGAUCAUCAUCGUCGGUAUGAUAGUUACCACCUUUGCAGAGAAACCCUGGAGCAAAUAUGGUGGUUUGCUUAUUGCAGGGUAUGGCUUGGGCCCCACAGUGCCCAUUUGUAUGUCUUGGUCGGCUGAGAUCUUCGAGGGCCGUUACGGCGAUGUCGGCGCUAGCUGUGCUUCUGCCUUGGUCACUGGUUUGGGUAACCUCGGCUCCGUGACGGCCACCUACGCCUUGUACUCGGGGUGGGCAGAUGAUGUAAACCGAAUGUACUUGGGUUCGAAUAUGGUUCUUGUCGGGAUGCUCGGCGUAAGUAUUUUUGCCUCCUUCGUCGCCAAAUACUCCCAGAACAGAAUCAGACAGACCUAA